CUUGUUCGCUAUCGUUAUUCUCAUGCUAUUCAGAUUUCUGUUAAAAUUCUUGAUUUAUUUCAAACUGUGUAAAAUGGAAAGAGUUGGAUUAUUUGAUCUCGAAUGGGAUUUAGAAGAAGGAAUAACUGAAGUAAAAGUCGAGUUUACUCCAACAAUUAUUGAAGAAAAUGUAUCAGAAAUAUUGGGUAACAAGAAUUCUUGUUAUGAUGGGGAAAAUUAUGAAAUUGCAAAGAUUGGGAGCCCCGCACUUGUAAGUUCCUCUCUUAAAUCUGUUCCAAGGCCAAAGAGAAAGGACAUGAGGAUUCCCUGCGAAUGUGAAGUUUGUGGAUUAAUUUUAUCUUCAAAACCAAGUUACCGUUCCCAUAUGAAUACGCAUUUAGUUGAUAAAGCCUACAAAUGCCAGUUUUGUCCAAAAUCUUUUGCACAAAAGGAAGGUUUGACUAUUCAUACAUUUGUACAUACUGGUGUAUAUGCUUAUAAAUGUGAUUUUUGUGAUAAGCAGUUCAGAAGCAACUGGGGGAAAGUGCUACACAUUCGAAGCCACACUGGAUACAAGCCACACAUUUGCCAAAUUUGUGGUAGAGCUUACUCUGGAUCUGGUGAUUUAGGAAAACAUUUACGAGCACAUGCAAAUAUAAGACCAUAUAAGUGUGAACAAUGCAGCAAAGCAUUCUCAAAUUCCUUUAAAUUAAAAAUUCACAUGGCUGUGCAUUCAAAUGAAAAGCCAUAUAAAUGUAAAGAUUGUGGAAAAUGUUAUAAGACCAAGAAUAACUUGUAUGUACAUGGGAAGACUCACACAAGCUCUAAAAUAUACUCAUGCCCAAUCUGUCAGAAAACAUUUAAGAAGCAUUUGAACUUCGUAGCACAUUUUAAGGUACAUUCUGAUGAAAGACCAUUUCCCUGUGGAAUUUGUGCAAAGUCUUUCAAAUGUUCACGAGAUCGUCAGAAACAUGUGAAGGAAGUACAUACUAAUAAGCGACCACAUAAAUGCAAACUUUGUGAAAAAACCUACAAAAGAUCUUCGCAUUUGAAAGGCCAUAUUACAAAGCAACAUGUAGGAAUCAAAAAUUUUGAAUGUGAGAUCUGUCAAAAGAAGUUUUUUGAAAAAUACUCGCUCAGUCUGCACAUGAGAGCUCAUUUAAAUGAGAAGCCAUAUUCAUGUCUAAACUGUAAUAAAUCUUUUGUAGAUAAACCACAAUUAAUGAUUCAUCAAAGAAUUCACACAGGUGAAAACCAUAUGAAUGCAAGAAUGUGGGAAGAGAUUCAGACAAGUAAUCAGUUGAAAUCCCAUCAAAACAGGCACAAGUUGGAGAAGACAGGCGAAAAGCCAUUUAUCUGUGCAAUAUGUGGGAAAGCAUUCGCUCUAAAACAAUAUUUAGAAUUGCAUUUAAAGAUCCAUACAGAUGAUAAACCAUAUUCAUGUGAAUUAUGUGGGAAAUUGUUUCGAGAUAAAAGUAAUUUGAAAACUCAUAUGAGAGUUCAUACUGGAGAAAAACCGUAUCAAUGUCAAAACUGUGGGAAAUGUUUUUCACAGCAAUCGAAUAUCAAAAUGCAUAUUAAUAGACGAGUAUGCUUCAGGAAAAGAAGAAGAAUAGCAUAA